UCACGCUUGAAACAAGACAUAAGUAUCCCGUGCGACUUCAUCUAAAGACAAGAAAAGGAGGAAUUUUCUGUUCUGCAAAAUCGAACAGCUGCAUCAAAAUUUAUUGCGGUUGUGUUUUAACCGAGAAGGGAACUGGUGGUCUCAAAUCUUCAUCUCAAUAAUUAUCCGUGUUUGGAAACCCUUCGUUACCGCGACAGCAGAAUGAAGAAGCUUUCAAACAGCUCUGCCAAUAGAAAAUGUUACAAAAGUCAUCCAAACAGACGCACAAAAUCAAAAGCCCACGCUAUAGCUCGGCGUUUUGAUGGAAGCGACCGUUCACAACGUUCUUUAUUAUCCAGCGACGCCUCCAACAGUAGGAGACAGAGAGAAUUCUCGUCGGGAGGAUCACUUGAAAAGAAUGACCAGGGAACUCAAUCAGAAAUAUCAAUGGCAGAUGGAACCCUUUGGUACAUGUUUCCAUUGUGUCCUUUUGAUUGGAGUUCCUCGGACACGGCGUCAUUUCCGGAUUUUCCUCACUGUAACAAUUUGGACAUCAACUUAUUGCUACAAGCAUUCCAAUCUCAAUGGGACCCUACCACAGAACAAGACAUGAAACCGAUGGCCGAGCAUCUAGAAGAACUCAAAGCAAGGAUUCAGAAAUGGCUUAAAGACAAUGAAUGAAAAGCAGUCCUUUCUUCUCCUGCAAUUGUUUCUCUAAUUUUGAACAAGUUACAGGGAUAACGCAACAGAUAAAAAGUUUUUGUGGGUUGAUAUUAUCUUUACUUUAUGUAUUCAAUGAAUUGAUGAUCAUAAGCUAUUUGAUAUUUUAAAAGGAAAUGUUAAUGCGAUUUACUAACUUCUAGAUCAAUUAAAAUUUUCAAUAAUAUGUGUUUGGGUUUCAAAAAAGGUCAUUUUUUCAUUUGUGUUUAGAUGUGUUUACAUGGUGUUAUUGUUGUUGUUGUGCAUAAAUUGUAUUUUUUAUUCUUAAUUACCUUCUUUUUAAUUGUUUAAUUCACUUUACAAAAGUAAAAAAAAUGAAAAGUAGGUUUUGAAAUAGAAGAAAAUAUUGCUUUUAGUUAAAUGAUAUUUUGUUAUGUCCAUGAAUCUGUAGGUGUAUAAGAGUUCAUAAGUUAUACUUAUCAAUCAAAAUGUGAAGUAAUUGAAAUGGACAAUAAUAAUGAUUAUAAUAGCAAUGUACAUGAAAUUGAAGAUGUUUUGACAGCCAAUCUUAUUGUACACAAAAAAUAAAU